CCAUGUGAUGCUGAUGGCGUCAACAUAUGGGGCAGCAGAUCAAUCAGUAACCUGAAAAAAUAUUUGCAGUUGAAUUCAAAAGAGAGAGAAAGAGAGAGACAACCACAUGUUUUUGGUUGGCCUAGUAGUUUUCUCUCAAUACUUUUAGCCAUAUUGAGUUCCAUAAUCAUCUCUUUCUCUCUCACAGAUCUUUUUCAAUUGCUGCAAAUGGUUGUAAAAGGUCAAGAACCACUGCAAGAUAACAAGAAAUUAGAAAGAAAGGUGCUGACAAGACAACAAGCCAAAUAUUAUUGAGAGCUUUGGGAUUGAAGAGUCAAAUUAAUGAACUAUAAAACAAGAAUAUUAGUCUGUGUCAAAUACAUAGGGAAGAUCAAAAGAGAAUCUCCAACAAAUAUUGAAAGUUUUAUCAUAGACUCCAUGUUGCUGCAAAACAAAUUGAUAAAUCAAAUAGUCUAACCUAGCAAUGUUGCUAAUGGUCCAUCAGAAACUUGCCACAUUAUUUAUUUUCAUAGGUCUUAACAACCAUUCAUAAUAUAUUAAUGUUCAGUAGGUCACCCGAUGAACAUUUAUGAAUAUUAGGUGAAAUGACAUAGUGCAAAGAAGUGUGAACUCCCCUUUCCAUCUUUAACAUAAUCAAUUGAUUCAAAAUGUCAGUUCAACCAAGAUAUAGACAAUAAUAACUAGACAAAAAAAGGCUUAGACCUCUAAUAUAAAAAAUAAAAAAAAAGAUGAAUCAAUUGCAUCAUAAAUGAAUGAUUCUCCCUUGACUUUAAUCUCUAUUUAUGAUUUUCAUUGGUUUGAUACUUUCCUAUGUGAAAAUAAAUGCAAAAGCUCUGAGGAUUCCACAGAGCUAUAUAUAAAGCUAAGGUUAGAGAGUGGAUGAUUAAGUUGAGGCCCAUCAUGUACUAAGAGAGGAAGGGAUGCAGGACAACAAAAUGAUAAAAGCCAAGUGUUAGUCAGAGACAGAUGAACAGAAAAGGAAAGAGAAUGGGUUCAAGGUUAUUGCCAUGAAUUCCACAAGAAUUCAAAGAGUGGGUCGCGUCUUGUUGGUGUCGAGACGAUAAAAGGAUGAGAAGAUAGAGAUCUCGUUAAAGCAGACAAGAGAUUUUGUCUGACAGAAAGAAAUAGCUAACUCACAAAAUCAAAGGUUGUUGUCUCCUAAUUCCUCUCAACUCUGUGUGUGUGUGUGUGUGUGUGUGUGAAGAAUGGAGGGAACAGAUUUAUCGUCGACAAGUGAACAGAAAUUGGGAAGAUUCAAAAGGGUGUGUGUAUUCUGUGGCAGCAAAGCUGGAUACAAGUCUACAUAUGCUGAAGCCACCAUUGAGCUUGGUAAAAUACUGGUUCAGAGAAAAAUAGACUUGGUUUAUGGGGGAGGAAGUGUGGGCCUAAUGGGUUUGAUCUCUCAAACUGUGUUCUCUGGAGGCUGCCAUGUACUUGGGUAUGUUUUUAUACAAAUUUACAUUUCUGUUUACCAUGUUGCUAAUUCUGUUGUUUCAUUCAUGAUGUACAGAGUGAUUCCCAAGGCACUUCAGAUUCAUGAGAUAUCAGGAGAGACUGUCGGAGAAGUGAAGACAGUAGCAGAUAUGCACCAAAGGAAGUCAGAAAUGGCAAAACAUGCUGAUGCAUUUGUAGCUCUUCCAGGUGGCUAUGGAACCAUGGAAGAAUUGCUAGAGAUGAUAACUUGGGCUCAGCUAGGAAUUCAUGACAAGCCAGUAGGAUUGCUAAAUGUAGAUGGGUACUACGACAGCUUGCUUGCCUUAUUCGACAAAGGAGUAGAGGAAGGUUUCAUAGACAAUGCAGCCAGGAAAAUAGUGGUAAUAGCAAACACAGCAGAGGAACUAAUACAGACAAUGGAGGUAGGAAGGGGAGAAGGUGCUCUAUUAGAGGUUGCUGAAUUAUUGGUGGGAAACAGAUUUUUGUCCGAAAAGGCACGAAAAGAACGGAUUACUCAUUGUAUUUUGGCUAUGUUUUGCAGGAGUAUGUGGCUGUCCAUGACAAGGUUGCACCCAGACAAAGAUGGGAAGUGGACCAAUUAUCAGAGUCUACUCAAAGUGGGCAAUCCAUGAGAUCUUAGAUCUCAAUCACCAUCGAGCAAGCCAUUUGUAUAAAUAUCUGCGGUUGUGUGCUCAAAUUUGAUCAAGGAGAUUACCAAAAGAUAGACCAGAUCUCUCUAUCUCUCUCUCAAGAUCCUCAAUCUUGAUCAAUUAUUUGUAUAUCCUUAAAGAUGACCUGUAUUAAAUUCCACUAAGAAUCAAUGGAAUAGUAAGAUCUUUCUCUCUCAUC